CCAAUUAUACAUUGAAACUUGAAAGUGAUUAUUAGGUAGAAAUUAGAGUGUCAAGAAAUACCAUUUUAAUUUCAAUUUGGUCGAGCAAAUCUUGCAAUUAGUGAUGGCUCAGGCAACAUUUACGGCUCAUGACCAAGAAAUGGAGUACUUCCCGCUUGUGAGCGGCCAUAAAAUACCGGCGGUGGGAUUGGGUACUUGGAAAUCUGCUUCUCAAGCUAGAAGCUCUGUCUUCACUGCCAUCGCCGAGGCUGGUUAUAUGCAUGUGGAUACAGCAGCACAAUAUGGUGUACAAGAAGAGGUCGGUCGUGCACUUAAAGCAGCCAUGCAUGCAGGCAUAGAGAGGAAGCAUAUCUUUGUCACUUCAAAGCUAUGGUGUACUGACUUAUCUCCAGAAAGUGUUCGACCUGCUAUAAACAAUACUCUUCGAGAACUUCAGCUUGACUAUCUCGACCUCUAUCUUAUUCAUUGGCCAUUUCACUUGAAAGAUGGAGCUAGUAGGCCACCUAAGGCAGGGGAGGUAACGGAUUUCGACAUGAAAGGUGUAUGGAGGGAAAUGGAAAAGCUCGUGGAGGAAAAACUUGUUAGGGACAUUGGUGUUUGUAAUUUUACAAUCAAGAAGCUUAACAAGCUGCUUGAUAUUGCUCAAAUAAAGCCGUCAGUUUGCCAGGUGGAAAUGCACCCGGGAUGGAGGAACGACAAAAUGCUCGAGACUUGCAAGAAAAAUAGCAUACACGUCACGGCAUAUUCACCGUUGGGGUCACAAGAUGGAGGACGAGACCUGGUGCAUGAUCCCGUGGUAGAUAAGGUGGCAAUGAAGUUGAACAAGAGCCCUGGCCAGGUUUUGGUCAAAUGGGCCUUACAGCGAGGAACCAGUGUUAUACCAAAAUCAACCAACCCUGAUCAUCUCAAAGAGAAUGUUCACGUCUUCGAUUGGGUAAUACCCGAGCAAGAUUUUGAAGCUCUUUGCACCAUUAAAAACCAGAAGCGUGAGUUGGAUGGGGAAGCUCUGUUUGUUAACAAGCGUGAUGGACCAUUUAAGAGUGUUGCUGAUUUAUGGGACCAUGAAGAUUAGAGCAUCGACUUUUUCUGUUUCCUUAAAUACCCUCUAAACUUUAAGUUAAUUGUUCAUAUGCAUGAGUUCAUCUAGAAGAGAGUCAUGGAGCUAAUAAGCGACAUUCAAUUUUUGCGGGUUUAUAUGCAUUGCAAUAAAAUGUGAUAUAUGUUGUUGAACAUGUAAGUACACUCACAAUCUUUAAUGAGAUAAAACCAAUUAAUAAUUGAAUAUUUGAA